AUGGGAACGAUCGUUGCGAAAAGGAGGAGGAGGAUGACGACGCUCGGCUCGAUCGUCGCGCUAUUAUUGGUGCCGAUCUGCUGUCGUGGUGAUGCGGGAACCGUUAAGCCCGUCAGGAAUAGGAUCGAAUACGUCGGGAGGAUCGGCAAUCGCACUCCUCGAAUCUUCUUCGACGAGCUGUUCGGUAUCGACGUCGACUUUGGCACCAGCGGCAUAACCAGUAUCAGCGGUGACAAUGCAUCGUCAGCGUCCAAUGUCAACGCCGAGACCAUACGCAACUGCACGUGCGAGUGCGGGCUGUCGAACCAGGAGAACAGAAUAGUCGGCGGCCGGCCCUCCGAGCCCAACAAGUACCCGUGGCUCGCCCGGUUGGUCUACGACGGCAAGUUCCACUGCGGGGCCAGCCUACUCACCAACGACUGGGUCAUCACCGCGGCCCACUGCGUCAGAAAGCUCAAGAGGUCCAAGAUCCGGAUAAUCCUCGGUGACCACGACCAGUACGUCAACACGGACGGCAAGGCGGUCAUGAGAGCCGUCGGGGCUGUCGUGCGGCACCGGAACUUCGACACCCAGUCCUACAACCACGAUCUCGCAUUGCUCAAGCUCCGCAAGCCCGUCGGCUUCUCCAAAACGGUCAGGCCGGUCUGUCUGCCCAAACCGAGUAGUGAUCCAGCGGGUAAACACGGCACGGUCGUCGGCUGGGGUCGCACGUCCGAGGGUGGUAUGCUGGCGGGUGUCGUGCAGGAGGCGAGCGUCCCGGUCCUCAGUCUCGACCAGUGCAGGAGGAUGAAGUACCGGGCUAACCGCAUCACCGAGAACAUGGUGUGCGCGGGCAAUGGCAGCCAGGACUCGUGCCAGGGGGACAGUGGGGGCCCCCUGCUCAUCGACGAGGCCGGCAGACACGAGAUCGCUGGUAUCGUCUCGUGGGGAGUUGGCUGCGGACGACCGGGAUAUCCUGGCGUUUACACGCGGGUCGCUCGAUAUCUCAACUGGAUCAAGCUUAACAUGAAGGACUCGUGCAUAUGCAGCCUAUCGAAGAAAGUUAAAGCAGAGCAGUAUCAGGCGGAGAGCAACAGAACCUUUUUCCACCUGUUGAAAAACAAAAAUUUGAAAACACCCCCCGGACCUUGUUACUGCAGUUGCGGUUUGCGUAACGAGGACAGCAGAAUUGUAGGUGGCCAGUCGGCUCUCCCCAAUGAGUUUCCCUGGCAAGCCCGGCUCUCUUACAUGAACCGAUUUUACUGCGGCGCGACUCUCAUCAACGACAGAUACGUUUUGACGGCCGCGCACUGCGUCAAGGGGUAAGUCUACAGAUUCAUGUGGUUCAUGAUAAAAGUGACGUUGGGCGAGCACGAUCGCUGCGUGCAAAAGGCACCUUCGGAAUCGAGGUACGUUGCCCGGGCCUUCAUCGGGAAUUUCAGUUUCAUGAACUUUAACAACGACAUCGCUCUGCUGAGACUGAGCGACAGGGUUUCCUUCUCCGACACCAUCAGGCCCAUAUGUCUGCCCAAAGCUGAAGAAAAACUGUACGCGGACUCAAAGGCCAUCGCCUCUGGUUGGGGCACCGUGCAAGAAAACGGCAAAGCGUCCUGUACGUUGAAUUACGUUGAACUGCCCGUCAUGAGCCUAUCGGGUUGCAGGAACACGAGCUACAGUUCUCGCGUCAUUUCCGAAAACAUGCUCUGCGCCGGCUACCCGGAGGGAAAAAAGGAUUCUUGCCAGGGCGACAGUGGUGGUCCCCUCAUUACCGAGAGGGGGGACAAAAAGUACGAGCUGAUCGGUAUCGUCUCUUGGGGAAACGGAUGCGCCCGACCCGGCUACCCUGGGGUAUACACGAGAGUCACGCGCUACCUAGAUUGGAUCAAGAGUAACUCCAAGGAGGGAUGCUUUUGCGAUAAGGAUUAG